AUGCACGAUAUUAAACUCAUCGUCAACGAUAAAGAUCAUUUUAAAGUUCAUCGAGCAGUUCUUGCAGCAGGCUCGGAUUACUUCAAAGCCAUGUUUCAAAGUGAAAUGACUGAGUCAACGUCCAGUGUUGUUUCUUUGAAACUCGAUGAUCCACAAGGUUUUCCAUCGAUGUUGAAGUUUCUCUACACUGGCACGAUAGCAACAUCAACGUUAAGUUUCGGACAGAUAGAGUCGUUAUUGAGACUGGCUGAUAUGUAUCAGAUUCCAACGUUACUCAGAGCACUGCUAAAUCUGAUAACAACAACUAUUGAUGCAAAUAACUGUUUACGUCUACUAUUCACGCAGCUGUUUCUCGGCGAUUGUUGGAUAACGUUACGUAAGGAAUGCAUCAAAACGGCCGCGAUCAACUCUCUCUAUGUAUGCCAUCAGCCAGAAUUUUUAAAAAUUCCUUUCGACGUUCUAUCAGAUAUUCUCGAUCAUUCAGAUGUUUUAGUGCCCAAUCAAAGCAUGCUCUAUUCAGCUUUGCACCGUUGGUCAAUAAAGUCGUUGCAGAAUGACAGUGAUAACGAAAUAUCAAAGUACAUGAUACCUGAACUUUAUGCAGAUGCCAUCACAAAAUGUAACAAUGUUUAUAAGAAUCCAUCGGCAAUCAUCUGCUAUUUAGCGGACGGUAGUGAACAGUACACAACAAUGACAAUAAACGCAACCAACUCGUUGUUGAAGGUGACACCGCACAUAAUGAUCGGUAUCCUGGUGAUGGAUGACGAUACGAAAAUAGUGAUGAUGAAUAAUAUCGAUCGAAAGUAUCAUUAUCGAGUCAUAUGUAAACGAACGUCUAAAUCACCGCUCAUCAAAGACUGGAAUCCAACGCAAUAUAAACUUGAUAUUAUCAAAUUUUCACAUGAUGGUUUUCAAGAGGUGUACUGGAUGGAUUCGGACACAAUUGUCUACAAAGAUAUGACAUCAAGCUUGUAUGCUUUUCGCUUGUCUACUCAACUGUUCUAUUUCAUUCUCGAUCAUGUCAUGUACGACAAUUGUUUCAUGAGCAAAUGGCAUGAACAACAUCGAGACACAUUUAUUCCGCAGGCUUGUUUCAUGGGUUUUAAAUCGAGUUCAAUGACAUUGUUCUUCUCGUUGUGGAAGCAAGCAUGGGAUACAUGGACUCAACCUCAAGCAUUUUCAAGCUACAAAGAUCCAAAUCCAACAUUUCCUGGAUCAGCAUUUUGCAUCGAACAAUAUGCUCUCGGUAAUGCCGUCCACAAUUUUAUAGUGGAAAAAUCAUCAGCAAUAAAUGAGAGUCUGAUAUCAAGGCAUAUUUAUACAAUUGAACGAAAUCUGAUCGCACUCGAUGUGCCAGAUCCAAAACAAGAGCAACAAAUUUACACAACAUCAAAGCUGCGCAGUAUUGCAAGACAACUACCAUGCACAUCAUCCGUGCCGCGUUGUGUGCCGUUCGUAUAUUCGUUUAUUCGCAGUUCAUCUUACAACUGGUCCUGUAUAUUAUCUUCAUUGAGCACUGCUAAUCAACCAAAUGGUUCCGUUGUUAUCGAUAGAUUCUUUAAUUGUUUGCUACAUUUUUACAAUCAAAACUAUGAUGUAGGCUACCAGUGGUAUCUGAAAAAUUUAUCAUAA